AAUGACAGGGGAACCCCUGAUGUGUGCUUACUGCGUGACGGAGCCGGGCGCCGGCUCGGACGUGGCCGGGAUCAGGACGCGGGCGGAGCGGAAAGGCGAUGAGUACAUCAUCAACGGGCAGAAGAUGUGGAUCACCAACGGUGGGAAGGCCAACUGGUAUUUCCUGCUGGCCAGAACCGAUCCUGACCCCCGGGCCCCGGCCAGCAAAGCCUUCACGGGCUUCAUCGUGGAGGCCGACAGCCCUGGCAUCCAGGUUGGCAGGAAGGAGCUGAACAUGGGCCAGCGCUGCUCGGACACGCGCGGGAUUGUCUUUGAGGACGUGCGUGUCCCCAAGGAGAACGUGCUGAUUGCGGAGGGCGCCGGCUUCAAGAUCGCCAUGGGCGCCUUUGACAAGACCAGGCCCCCCGUGGCAGCGGGGGCCGUGGGGCUGGCGAGGCGAGCGCUCGACGAGGCCACGCGGUACGCGCUGGAGAGGAAAACCUUCGGGAAACCCAUCGUGGAGCACCAGGCCGUGGCGUUCCUGCUGGCGGAGAUGGCCAUGAAGGUGGAGCUGGCCCGCCUGGGGUACCAGCGAGCGGCCUGGGAGGUGGACGCCGGCCGCCGCAACACCUUCUACGCCUCCAUUGCCAAGGCCUUCGCCGGGGACGUCGCCAACCAGGUGGCCACAGAUGCUGUGCAGAUCUUUGGGGGCAAUGGCUUCAACACGGAAUAUCCCGUGGAGAAGCUCAUGAGGGAUGCCAAAAUCUAUCAGAUCUACGAGGGCACAGCCCAGAUCCAGCGAGUGAUCAUUGCCCGUGAGCACCUGGGCAGGUACAAGAACUGAGGGAUGCGGCAGCUCCAGGCCCGGUAUUCCAGGGAAAGGGAUUGUGCUGCAUUUCUCCAUUAGAAAAACACGGGAAAACCCUUUUUCCAUUAAACUCCUGUUCUUGUGCCUGAUCCAGCAGAGGCUCUGGGACCUCAUCCAUCCCCUGAGCCCAUCCCACUGACUGAUCAUCCCUAAAUCCCACAGGAAUCACAUCGCUCUUCCCAAACCUCCCUUUGGCUUUCAGCAGCAAAGGAGACCAAACCCUUCCCCAGCAAACCUGGAUGAGCAGAGAGUGAACCAAAGUCUCAUUUUGUUAAAAAUUAUUUUUGCCAGUGACAGCAAAAAUCCUGCAUGUCCCAGGGGUUGGAUUUGGGAUGUUUCCAUGUUUUUAACAGCAUCGAUCCGCUCUCUUUGUUUAUUCCUGGGGCUUGGGUGAUGGCAGCUGGAUCAACCUCAGGGAACUUAAAAAAAUCUGACUUUUCCUGCUGUGGCAGGGCACAGGUGGCUCUGGCACUCAGGCUCUUGGGCUCCAGGGCCCUGGUUCCCAAGAUCCACAGGAAACACUGUAGGUUUGGAGCCUUUCAACAUCCAGAUCUUAAGGAAAACUAACGUGAAUCCAUGUUUCUUGAGCCAGAAUUCCUUGUUACGGGUGAGGGGUGAUGAUGGUGUGUGAGAGGGGCUACGGGUGUGGCAGGGAAGGAGAAGGAUGGGGCAGGGGGAAGGUGGAUUUACUGAUCCUGUGGAAAAGUGUGCAGGAAAUGGGCUGGGUUUGGGCAUCGCAGCAUGGGCUGAGCUGGGCCUGGCCCUGAUAGGAGCCAGGGAUGAGAUUUCUGUGGCACAGAGAGAUUCCCUGGAAAAAGGCUGGAGUCACUGCCAGGUCCCAAUAAACACUGCUGCUGAUUUGUGGAAUAAAAGGAACCCUGUAACUCACAGAGUAGUUAUAAGAGCAGGUAUGAAUUUAUUCAGCGCUGAGGUGCAUGGGGGAUAUCUCCUCCAAAAAGCAUGCACCCCUUUCUGAUUUGAUUUUCCCUUUUUAUCCUUUACAGACCAGGUUUACACGAUACACCUAAUACAUAUUCAUUUCCUAACCCCGCCUGUCCUCACUUCAUAUUACAAUUAGCUCCAUGCACCUUUUAGUCUUUUUGGCCGCUUUUUGGGACUUCACAUCCAUUUCUUCCAGCUUAGGAUCCGAGGAAUCUCCUUUAUCCUGUGGUGCCUUUGUCUUUGCAUCUUGUUUGUGUAUUCCAGCUCCUUAUCUCAUCUUGCAGUCUGACUCUUUUUCCUGUUCUUGUGGAUCAGGGUGUCAGGGUCUGGGUUUUGUCAGACACCCCUUUUAGUCAAGCAUUUUUUCUAAUUCUUAAUUUCUCUGUUUCACUGGCAUUGGCAGGGCGGGAGUGUCUGAUCCCGCACUCCUCACAUGCUCUGGUGGCAUCACUGCCGUGUGCUGUCCCAGCCUGGGGUGGGCUGGAAUGGACAGGGGAGGAUGGAAUGGGGGUGGAAGAGGAUGGGGACUGCAGAGGCACCACGCUACGAAAAGCUGACGUCCACAAAGGAGACAGAGGAGUCCUGCAACUUUAUUUGAAUAAAGGGAGAAAACCCACUGGGGCCCGUGGGGUCUCUCUCGA